AUGGAUGACCUUGACGAAGGGUUGCCACAAAAACCUGGUCUUGUCCCUGACUGCGGGCCACUGAUGUUUAUGAUGGAUUUCGCAAAUGCGCUCAACUUCUUCGAGCCAAUCGAUGAAGCUAUUGUAAGCUUCGGUGAGACGGUCUUCGGGUUCUUCGGACCCAAUAGGGAUAUAGCAAAUAUGAACCGCGACGUUCCUCCAAUCAAAUUCUGGAUAGAUUUGGAGGGCGUAUAUGUGAUAUACGUCGUGGUAAUCGAUGUCGAACAUGUCCUCAUGAUACUUCUGGAUAAUAUCUCUGAUUAUCCAGCGAGCUUCUCCGCCCUGACGCUUCCUUUCCUGGACGUAGUUGCAGAAGUCGCGAACCACGUGCUGGUGAACGAAGGAGAGCUUGAAUUCCGCUAUGUCGGUGCGGAUGGAUUCGAGCUUGGAUAUGAGAUGCUCGAGAUCGAGGAUGUCGUGGUCGUCAAGCUGAUGACGAUAUCGUUUAGUGAGUAG